AUGCUAUGCCAAUCACUUGCAUCGCCUGGUGAAAACAUGGAUUACAACCUUGGUGGCACCUCCCCCGAUCCCUACAGUGGCGGUGGUGGAAGCAUCCACCUAGUGUGUGAUCAUUGUGGCACCAGUGACAACUACAACACGGACGACGCUGAUGAUGGCCAAUUCACGUGCCGUACGUGCUCUGCUGUGCACACCACACAGGCAACUGCUGCUGACCCUCAUGACUUUCCUGUCACUGGCAACAUCUCUGUCCGCCGUGUUGCCACCCAGCCCACCCCCAAGCUUGGUGCCCGCACACCCGUCCCCUACCCGAGGACCCCUCAGGCUGCUCCCGUGCCUGCUGCUGCCGCUUUUGACGACUUCACGGAGCUGAGUGAGCCGCGGGACUUUGCUCCUGGAUCUGGAACGUGGGGGGAGCCCGAGGAUUUGGCAGUGCGGGUCCGCUGGCGCUAUGUAUGCGGUCUCCAGGUGAUCCUGCAGCGGCAGAUGGAGGUGCUGGUGGAGCGGCACCAGGUAGGCGCGUUUGUGUGUGCUGUCGCUGGCAUUGUCUGGGUGCGGUGGGUUGCUGCAUCCAGGGUGUUUGAUGGAAUCUGGGCGCGCCAGGUGCUCGAGGACCACAAGGCCGCGGGGAGAGAGAAUUGUUCUGGCAGCGGAGAUAACAAGAAACCUGAUGAGGUGAAGUAUGAAUCGGAUGAUGAUAUGUUGCUGCAACGAAAAGACAGGCGCAAGGUGGAGUUUGCCUUUUUGCGCUCGUUGAGGAUGAUGCUGCCGGUUUACUCAACGUUGGCUGUUUGUUUCUUGGCCUGUCAUAUUGCCCGUGAAGCCAUCCUGCCAAGCGACAUUUAUAGGUGGGCAAUGGAGGGGAAUAUCCCUUAUGUGGCUGCAUUUACCGAAGUAGACAGGUUCCUUGGGAGCUCUUUCCAAGACUGCCCUUUGGAUGCAAGGCUGUUCAGGCCGGUGCGAGUUAUCGGAGCAUGGCAACUGGAAGCUGCAGCUGGAUCCAUAGCACAAAAAGUUGGCUUGAGGCUUCCUUCAGUUAACUUCUAUGCAAUUGCUCAACGUUGUUUGAAGGACUUGUUACUGCCUAUAGAUAGAAUCCUCCCCCACGCAUGCCGAAUUUAUGAGUGGGCAAUGCCUGCAGAAUUAUGGUUGUCUAGUAAUCCUGCUAGAGUCCCUACACGGGUUUGUGUGAUGGCUAUCCUAAUUGUGGCCCUACGACUUCUUUAUAACAUCAACGGUCAAGGGAUAUGGGAGAAGAUUUGUGAGGAAGGAAGAAACCCAAGUGAAUCUCACCAUGAUACAAAUUCAUCAACUUCCAGGAAGCUUGAGGAUAGUAACAGUGAGGAGUUUGGCACAAGAGAACUGUUGUGUGCUAUUGCAGCUGCCUAUGAUAAAAUCAAUACGACACAUGACUACUCGAGUGAUCUGCGCUCUUAUCUCAAAUACUGCAAGGAAGUUAUUUUUACUGGGAUUACAUUUCCAGAUGAAGAGAAUCAUCUAAUAGAGAUCUUUUGGGAUAUGUACAAAGCUAGAGAGGACGAUAAUCCGAAAGAUCAUGUAAAAUCCCAGUCUCAUUCUGUUGAAGACAUUCCAAUUACAAAUGAAGUGAAGAAGCGCUACCGAGAUGGAGCUUUUGUUGAAGCAAGUUUCUUUUCUGCAUCUUCAGGUCAUGAUGCAAUGCAAAUGCUCAAGUCAGAGAUGCAAGAUCAUGGAUUUCAUUAUAUGCCACCUAGGAAACCAAGGAAAUCAGAUGGUUAUCUUCGUUAUAGGAGGAAGCGGUUAAGCGGUGGCUUUAUUUAUGUUGCACAUGCUGAUUAUUACAUGUUGCUACGUGCUUUUGCAAAGCUUGCAGAAAUUGAUAUUCGUAUCAUGCAUAUUAGUGUGUUAAAACUUGAGAGGAGACUUGCAUGUAUUGAGGAGCGAAUUGAGAGAAGCUUGAACACCUUACAGAACUUUUCUACUGGAACAGGAGAUGAGCUAAGAUCUGUAUCUGACUGA